UAUUUCUAUAGUGUAUUAAGAUACAGUUCUGUAUCCAGUGUCCAAAAUAUAGUUCAUAAGCUCAGUUGUAAUUGCGGAUCGUGUCCGCCAGGGGGCUGGCUGUUGCUGAACUGUGGUGUUGCUCGACGUCACGGGGAAUUUCCAGCAAGGAAGUCAACUUUCUAUACAAACACACCGAUUGUGUUACAAACUGCUUAUCAAUGAAACUAUAUCGUCCUUAUCGAUUGACAUUUAUCCGCUUUUUAUUCCUCAACACUUUUUUUUUAAGUAAAGAGGUUUUGUAAUAUUUAAUGAGAGGCAGCCAGGGAGAGGGAGAGAGAGACUGAGAGGUUGAACAUGGCGCAGUAAAGAGAUUCUUCAGCACUUUGAGGACGCACAGGAUUAAACUAUUCAUGCUCUUUCUGCAUCCUGGACUGUUAUUCGGAAAGUGCAGGAACCAUGACUGAAGAGGACGUGUAUCUUCAAGGGCAGGAGUACUUUGACUUUGAUCCACAAUGGAUUUCGAUGGAACAGAAUUAUCCUGCUGUACCGCAUUCAAACCCACAGCGUAUUGAAGGACCUUGUCUCCAAAUUACAGAACAGCCCAAGCAGCGGGGCUUCAGGUUUCGUUACGGCUGCGAGGGCCCGUCUCACGGAGGACUCCCAGGAGCCUGUAGCGAGAAGAACAGGAAGACGUAUCCUCAAGUCAAGAUCUGUCAUUAUCACGGUCCAGCACGAAUCGUGGUCCAGCUGGUGACCAACACCAAACUGCCGCACCUGCAUGCGCACAGCCUCGUGGGAAAACAAUGCGACAAGGGCGUCUGUGUGGCCGAGCUCCAGCCCAAGGACUCCUCCAUCAGUUUCCCGAACCUGGGUAUCCUCCAUGUGACGAAGAAGAAUGUGAGUAAGACACUGGAGGAGAGGAUGAGUGAAGCCUACAGGCUCGGUUACAACUAUGGCAUCGUCAUCCAUCCAGAAAUCGACUCUUUCCAAGGAGAGACGCACCUUCCGAGAGAUCUCACAGAUCACCAGAGGACUCUGAUCUGCAAUGCUGCAUCUAACCAAGCUAAAGACAUGGACUUGAGCGUCGUGAGGCUCAUGUUCACUGCCUUUCUUCCUGACAGCGAGGGUGGCUUUACCCGCAGACUCGAACCAGUCAUAUCCGAACCCAUCUACGACAGCAAAGCCCCAAACGCCUCAAACUUGAAGAUCGUGAGGAUGGACCGCACUGCCGGGUGCGUGACGGGCGGAGAGGAGGUGUAUCUGCUCUGUGACAAAGUUCAGAAAGAUGACAUCCAGGUGCGCUUUUAUGAGGAUGACGAGACGGGAAUCAUCUGGGAGGCAUUUGGGGAUUUCUCUCCGACCGACGUGCACAGACAGUUUGCCAUAGUGUUCAAGACGCCCAAGUACCGCGACCAGAACCUUCAGAAACCCAUCUCAGUGUUCGUGCAGCUCAAGAGGAAGUCAGACAACGAGACUAGCGAGCCCAAACCAUUCACCUAUCACCCACAGAUCAUAGAUAAGGAAGAAGUACAGAGGAAGAGACAAAAGACACUGCCCAAUUUCCCGGAUUACGGUGGAGCAGGGGGCGGAGUCGGGGGCAUGUAUAGAGGACCAGGAGGCGGGGCUCCGUCAGGGGGCGGCCACGGCGGCGGCGGAGGAGGAGGAGGGAGUGGAGGUGGAGGUCAUUAUUACCAGAGUUAUUAUAACAACUUCAACUCCGGCUACGCCUUUCCGCCCUCCAUGGGUGGAGGAGGGGGUGGUGUGAAGCACUCCAAUCACGGUCCGGUGGAAGACACGGACGAAGAGAGCGACAGCGAUCUGGAUGACGACCCGGGGACAGGAGGGGUGUGUGUCCAGCCCAGAUUUCCAGCAUCGGAGGAGAGUAGUGACGAGAGCGAGGAUUUGGACGAGUCUGGAGUGUGUGAGACAGAAAUCACAGACUUUGUGUUCGAGCCACGGUUUGCCGAGCUGGCACAGAGACACGCCUGGGCUUUGUUUGACUAUGCCAUAAGCGGUGACGUUCGCAGGCUGCUGGUUCCACAGCGCCCUCUGAUGGCUGCUCAGGAUGAGAACGGAGACACGGGGCUGCACUUGAGCGUGAUCCACAGUCAGACGGAUUCCGUGAAGAACUUGGCGGGAGUGAUCGCGGCGAUUCCCGGAGAGGAUGUCAUGAACAUGAGGAACGACCUGUAUCAGACUCCGUUGCACCUGGCCGUAUUGACAGAGCAGAAGGACGCAGCCGAGGCGUUACUGGAGGCAGGAAGUGACAUCAGUCUGACCGAUCGCCAUGGCAACACGGCACUGCACCUGGCCUCGCAGCAGAAGGACGGAGAGAUGAUGCGAAUGCUGCUGAGACACCCAGAGGCUCUGGGCUUAAGCAACACACACAAUAUAGCAGGUCUGUGUCCUUUGCAUAUCGCCAUCUUGGCGAACAGUUUGAGCAGCAUGAGGGCUCUGCUGCAGGCCGGGGCAGACGUGGAGGUUCAGGAGCGAACAUGUGGUCGCACACCGCUUCAUCUCGCCACUGAACACAACAACGUGUCGCUCGCCGGAUGUCUGCUGCUCGAGGGCAACGCUGAAGUGGACAGCCUGACGUAUAACGGCUCCACGCCUCUUCACAUCGCAGCAGGGCGGGGCUCUCUCAAACUGAGCGCGCUCCUCAUCGCUGCAGGUGCAGAUCCUCAGAAAGAGAACUUGGAGCCGCUGUUCUUCAGAGACGAGGAGUGCUGCAGGGAAGACAAAGGCGAAGUGGACGAAGGUUACAUCCCAGGGACGACCCCGCUGAACAUGGCUGCUUCGUCAGAGGUGCAGGAAAUCCUGAACGGUAAACCGUACCAACCCAGCACUGUUAUCGUCCCACCACAAGGGGACAUGCAGAGACUGAGUAAGGAGACAAAGCAGGCGCUGUGCACAUGUCUCGAGGAGUGUGCAGGCAGCUGGGAGAGUCUGGCGCACACACUCAGACUGGGCAUCCUCACCAACGCCUUCCGCCUCAGCCCACGGCCAGCCUGCACACUUCUGGACAGCUACGAGGUAUCAGGCGGGACAGUGCGCGAGCUCUUAGCGGGUCUGAAGAGUAUCGGGAACAGCCGCGCCGUCAACAUAGUGCAAAAGCAUGUUUUGUUUGAGGAAAACGAUAACGCACACGACGAACAUCUGACCACAGACGGCGGUGUCUCUCCAGGCCUGCAGGAUCUAAAAUUAUCUCCGUCAGACGACAACGGCGUGUGCGACAGCGGGGUGGAGACGUCCUUCCAGUAGCCGAGCCUCACCGUGACUGACUGACUCACUCGCUGACCUCUGACUGGAGCCACAGCCCCAACCUUGAACUACGAGUUCGCAAUCUUCAAAGCCGCUCGGAUCUGGGACUCGCAAUUUUGGCCCCUGCAAUUGGCUGCUGUCAAGCCACACCCACACGCAGGACCAUUAGCUAGGCAGCGCUUGGAGAGUUUUGAUGGCGAGACGCACUCGGAUGAAUAAUUUCUUUUGGAUAAGAUUUGUAUUUAAGUAUUUUUUUUCUACUCCGUACGUUUUUAUUUUUAAAAAUGGUUUUUGAUUUUAUUAGCAAGCCGACAGUGACUGUUAAACAAUGCCUUGUUUAUUUUCUGACCGAUAUCUAGCUGAUAUUAAUGUCCAGAAGAAGCGGACGAACGUGUCCAACUCUGCCGUGUUUUUGUGUGAGAGUGAUUUUAUGAGCAGCAUCAGGAGUUUCAAUCUUCAGGGUUUAUAUAAUAGCAGUCAUUUUCCUUUUUUUUUUAAGUCGAUCCUGCCUCAGGAAACACUGCACUCCAUUUGGCUCUGCUUGCUUCAUGUAGUCAGGUUCAUCCCAAAAUUUGGCAUCUUGAUCACAUCUGAUUCUUGGGGCGGGCGCACACACACACACACCGAGCCUCUGGACCAGUGGGCUUUUUCAUAUACUGAAGAAAAACAACGAAGCUUUUCAGAACAAUUUUACAGCAAUGGCGUUUAUUUAACUUUAUUUCUCUUCGCAUUUCAUCUAAGCUUUUCAUCUCCUGUUGCGCUGCACAGACAUUUUUGGGUACUGUGUUGAUUUUUUUUUUUUUCUUGUGUUUGUGGUGCUACAAUCAGAAACAAUAACGAGUACUGAAUGAAAUCUCAUUUUAAAGAUUGCUUUUAUUUCAGAGGCCAUUCUCCCACCUCUAGGUUUUUGCAAACCAAACUUUUAAAUCGAAAAGGAAAAAUGAUCCUUUGCCAAAAAUAUUCACAAUUCCAGGCCAGGCCAGCCCAGGAUUGUACAUGAUCAGCCAAGGUAUUUUCCCAGUGUAACUAACAAGUGAGGAAGCGUUCUUGGAUCAUUCGAUAUGCGUUUGUUGAUUAAUCUUGAGGAAGUGCUUGAGGAUUGAGGUGGUUAGGGUUGCGGUAGAUGUGGAGCAUGUCCCAGGAACGCUGCGCACAAGGUUGGGAGUACACCCUGGAUUGGACACGGGUUUAUCGAUUCAGACAGAUGGCUUAUUGCGUCACCUGUUUUUGGGAGGUGGGAGAAAACCAAAGAACUCAGAAGAAACUCGUAUGCACACGGAGAACAUACGAAGUCCCACACUGACAGGAACCCGAGCCGUAAGACGGCAACGUUAGUUUAUACUAUUGUGCAAGCUGCUUUCGAAAUCGUGUCGUCACGCUAAAAGAUGUAUAACGUUGGCAUAAUUUGAGCUCUAACUGUUACUGAAUUUACUUCUUAUCUCGAACUCCGCCUUCAAAUCACGGGCCACGCCUCCUUUCAUAUCUGAAGCUGGUGCGGAGAGAUCAAGUAAUGGCUGCUGUGAAAUGAUUGGUUGAUUGACAAAAUUGUGGAUGACAGGAACACUGUUCAUGCGCUUUCCUCACGGGGGGGAAAAAACAUUCAAAUAUGAAAAAAGUCAAAAUGAUUUGACUUCCUUGACUGUUCAGUCCUCUGUUGAAAUGCUUAUGAAUAAUAAUUAGGCAUGUUUCAUUGUGAUCCAUGUUCUACCAGUUUGUGGUGAUCUUUGCACUGUGAGGACUGAAAGAACCGGAGUCCGUUUCAAAGUCGAGAAAUUUUUCUUUCCAUGGAUUUGCAGUUCUCAGGAAAAAUCAAACAAAUGCCUUUUUUUUGUUUGUUUUUCUUUGCUUCUCUGAAUAACUGGAGACGCAUCCGAAGCUCAAUGCCCCUUUUUUGUCUCUUUAUAGUGAUGUUCUCAUGAACUCAAGCUUCUUUAUAUCACUUCUUCUGUUGCCUUGAAAUUCUCCAGCCCCAGACUGCUAUAUAUCAUGGUAUAGUGAGGAAAACCAAAGCUCUCGCUUACAGUUUAGAUCGAAACUGUAUUUAUAUUAUUAUCUGCAUUUGAACUUGGUUUUUAUUGACAUUUUUAUAAUAAAAUGAUUAAUUUUAUUAA